CACUAAGUGGCUGUACGGUGCGAUAUGUGUAAUAUUUAUUUUGUAUAAAAAUAUAACAAUUAUUUGUUUAAUGUCAUUGUUUUUAAUGAACAUUAGUUUGAGUACCUACUAUAAAUGUAUAAUUGAAAGUAUAAGGUUGCCUGCAAAUGUAACGUGUGUGUCAUAAUAACUGUGGUGUGAUUGUGUGAUUGGUGUUAUCUGCUGGCUGCGCUAGCUACGGUGACUUCCGUACAGUUCACAAUAAGGAAAAUUGUAAAUAUAUGUUCCCGAGCACAUGCGAAGCGACCGAGCAAAUGCGAUUUGUUUCUGUACGCACACAUAGACGCGAGCGCUAGCGUCACACCUCGGAGCCGAUAAUUGGAGAACUGUAAUCCCGAAUUCGAGGAAAAAAUCCUUUAGUUAUGUGUUUUUAUAGGUGAUUGAUAGUUUUGAAGGAGUAGACUGUAUUAUAUUUUGGUUGUAAGUGUCGUCGAAGUGAGGGUGAUGAGUGUGCCACUGACGUGUAAUGAUGUGUCGAACUAUGACCAUGCCGCCGUGCUACAUGGUUGUCAUGCUAGCGCUGUUGGCGGGUGUACGUAGCACGCCGCUCGACUCGCUGCGACCUGUGUGCCCCCCCACCGCCCAACAAAACUGCACCUACGAACAAUCUUCAACAUCCUAUGAACACUUUUACUCGAUUAAUGGUAAUAAUGUACGAAUAAUAUUUAAAGAUGGAGAUUUUUUUAAACUGAUUUGCAAUAACAUAAAAUUAGACAAAUCGAUACUGCCAUCGUUCGCACGACACGUAGUAGUUCACACGGUGACUUUCAAGAAGUGUCCACCGCCCGACAUCAGUUAUGCAGAGUUAUUUGCGGCUCUCAACGUCUCGAAGCCGCGGGAGCUGGUGCUCAGCAACGUGCCACCCGAGCCUCGGCUGAGAGCGUCUCAUUUCAUCGACAUCACUCUAGAGAGGCUCGAGAUCGAGGCGAGGAGAAACGCGUCGCAGAAGCUGGACGCGGAGCUCCUCUCCUUACUGGACGGCGGUCCCGGCAAGCUGUACCUCACGAACGUGAAGCUCGACCGCCUGCCGGUAGGAAGGAGGGACUUGCGCGUGACGAACGCCGGAAUCGAAAGCCUCCCGAUAGAGGCACUGGAGAAGUUAGAAACGCUACACCUGGACGAGCCGUAUCUCACGGACGUGCGCAACCUGUCGGAGGCGCCGCUGCUGAGCAAGCUGAGCCUGACGGCGCCGGUGCGCGAGGCGCCGAGCCCGCCGCGGCUGAGCGACCUGUUCCUGUCGCUGUGGCAGGAGGCGCGGCCCGGCCGCCGGCGCGGCUGCGGCCGCCUGCGCGCGCUCACCGUCACCAGCGCGGCCGCGCGCCGCCUGCCCGCCGCCUGGCUCGCCAACUGCAGCCUCCUCCGCAACCUCACGCUGCAGCGCCUCACGUGGCUCGAGGAACUUCCCUCCGAUCUCCUGCGCGACGCCGCCAACCUCACCAGGCUCACGAUGCAGAGCUGCAACCUCGAAGCGUUACCGGAAGAGUUCUUCUCGUUUUCCUCGAAUCUCCGCGUGGUCAAUCUGAACUACAACAGAUUGAAAACCUUACCGAGCAAGAUUUCAUCACUACAACAAUUGGAAGAGUUGUCGCUGUUGCACAACUCGCUGACAUACGAGAUCGCACCGGUGCUGGCGCCGCUGACGUCGCUGCGCAGGCUGGUGCUGUCCAUGAACCCCCUCGGGGACCUGUGCGGCGCCCGGCCCGCGCCCGGCCUGGCCGCCGCGCUCGACAUCCGCGACCAGUCCCCGCUGGCGGCGCUGGGCCGGCUCGAGGUCCUGGAGCUGGCGCGAGUGAACGCGAGCCGCGUCUGCAGAGACUGGGUGGAGGCCAUGCCGCACCUGCGCCAGCUCGACCUCUCGGGCAACAGAGUCACCGAACUCACGUAUGAAGACCUUCAAGCUCGUCGAGACCCGACGAAAUCCUUGGUGAAUCUAAGACGUAACCCCAUUGAAAGAAUUCUAUACGAUAAAUCUCAAUACGAAAGAGUAAUAUCGGAACCCACUCAUAUGGUCGCGCGCGUCGAGAUCGACUCGCAGCUCACGUGCGACUGCCAGCUGUACUACUUCGCGCGCGCGCUGCGGGAGAAGCCGGCGCACGUGAACAUCAACUCGCGCACGUGUCGCGACGGCCGGCCGCUGGCCGAGCGCGCGCUGGACGACCUCGCGUGCCGGCUGCCCGCCGCCGACUGCUGGCCCGCCUGCCGCUGCGAGCUGCGGCCCGCGCUCGGCGGCGAGUGCGGCCCGGCCUGCGGGCUGCGGGCCGAGUGCGGCGCGCCGCCCGUCGGGCCCGGGCCGCCCGCGCUGCGCCGCCUGCGGCUCGCCGAGCUCGGGCUGCGCGGCGCCGGGCUGGCCGCGCUGCCGCCCGCCGCCGCGCUGCCCCGCGGCCUGCGCCUGCUGGACGCGCGCGACAACCGCGUGGAGGGCGCGGACGCGGCCGCCGCCGCCGCGCUGCUGGCGCCGCCGCUGCGGCUGCGGCUCGCCGGCAACCCGCUGCGCUGCGAGUGCGGCCGCCGCGCGCUCGUGGACGCGCUGCUCGACCGCGCCGACCGCGUCGAGGACCUCGCGCACGUGGCCUGCGCGGACGGCGGGCCGCUGGUGCGGCGCGCGUGCGGCCCGGCGCCGGCCGCGCUGGCGGCGCUGGUGGCGCUGUCGGCGGCCGCGCUGGCGGCGGCGGCGCUGGCCGCGCUGCUGGCGCGCGCCGAGCCACGGCUGCGGCUGAAGGCGUGGCUGUACGCGCGCGGGCUGCUGCCGUGCGCGGCGCGCGAGGAGGAGGCCGGGCGGCCGUUCGACGCGUUCGUGUCGUACGCGGAGGAGGACGAGCGGUUCGUGGCGGAGCGGCUGGCGGCGCGGCUGGAGGCGGGCGCGCGGCCGCUGCGGCUGUGCCUGCGGUACCGCGAGUGGGCGGCGGGCGCGUGGAUGCCGGCGCAGCUGGCGGCGUCGCUGGCGCGGUCGCGGCGCUGGCUGGUGGUGGUGUCGGCGCGGCUACCGCGCUCCGCCUGGGCGCGCGCCGAGCUCCGCGCCGCGCACGCCGCCGGCCUGCGCUCGGCGCGGCCGCGGCUGGUGGCGGUGCUGGUGGGCGCGCCGCCGCUCGACGCCGAGCUGCGCCGCCUGCUGUCGGCCGCCACGCUGCUCCGCUGGGAGGACCCCUGGUUCUGGGAGAAGCUGCUCUACGCGAUGCCGCGCCCCCGCAAGCGGCCGCGCCCGGGGCCCGCGCCGCACCAGCCGCCCGCGCCGCGCCCCGCCGCCGCCCCGCCCGCGGCCUGA